AUGCAAAAGGUGGAGUUCGUGAGCGCCACGGAGGACGCGGACGACUGCCCUCCCCCUGACGGUCUCCCGGAGGUUGCGGUAAUCGGCAGGUCAAACGUGGGCAAGUCCAGCUUGCUCAACCUCCUGACGAAGGGAAAGAGCGGGGCGUUGGUAUCGUCCAAACCCGGUACGACGCAGCAUAUCAACCAUUAUCUGGUGGCGAAGAAGUGGUGGAUUGUGGACCUGCCCGGAUACGGUUUCGCCAAGGCGUCAAAGGAGUCGACCGAGAUGUGGGAUAGGUUCACAAAAGAGUACUUCACCACCCGAUCCAACCUGGCAGGCGUGCUCCUGUUAAUUGACGCGUCCAUACCCCCGAUGGAAAAGGAUUUGGAAUACGCUGACUGGCUCAUCACCCACAACGUGCCGUUCACCAUCGUGCACACGAAGUGCGACCGGAACAAGCCCGGAAUGCCUGCGGUUGAUACAAACAUCGACGAGUUGCGCAGGAUCCUGGAUGAGAAGUGGCACCGACUUCCGUCGAUGAUCUCAACGUCGUCCGUGAGCCACGACGGUCGGGAGGACGUGCUGAAGUUUAUCUCAUCCAUU